UCAUUACACGAGGGCGAGAGAGCUGGGAGUAUUUAAACAACAGGUUACACACACCCCCUCCCCACCACCAAUCUAGUCAUUAAGCUUUCUCAUCUCAGAUAUUUCACCCUAUAUUUGUGUCAAUUCCCAACUCGGUUGUGACAGACAAAUUGGAGGAUUGUCAUCAUCAUUAAUAAGAUCAUUAGGCACCACAGGCCCAGCAAGACUGGGCCACCACACUUAAAUGUGAGCAGGUACACCAGGUUGAUUGGACAAGAUCAUCUGUGACUUUUCCUUGGCAGAAUCCAUUGCAGUGACUCGGGAUUUAACCUAAACACAUUUAACUGAAACUCCUGCCCAGAGACCUCCAUGUGCUGGAGAAGGCGGAGUAAACUGAGGAAUGAAUGCGCUCGUUGUGCUGUGAGAGCGGACAUGAAAUUUAUCAUUGGUACAACCGAUGGUGGAAGGGCAAAGAGUUGGUUUAGGUUGUGCACUGUAUAGGGAGAAGCCAGAAGAAGGUUGGGUUUUUUCCAGAUUUCAGUGUAAAUUGUUUCAUCCUCCAGACUUUGAAUUUCUAGGCUGAAGAGUGCUAACCUGUUUUGGCCGCAUCUCUCACUCAUUCUAAUCUCUGUAUCAGCAAGACAAAAUUUGAACUAUGCGGCAAAUUGUACCGAAGACUUUGCUCAAGAUAAUUGUGAAUAUGGAAGUUGUCCCGCGGGGAGGUGGGAAGGGGAAGGACAUUUUCAGCAGAAAUGCCAGCACUAUGGUGGUUUAAUGCUGACACAGAGACAGUUUAUUCUCUCAGGAAUUGUCUUUCAUCCAUCAGUCCAGCCAGCCAGCCAGCCAGCAAAUUUUAAUACACAAAAAGUACGAAGCAACAUAUCUAACACCGGGAGGGGCUGGAGUGUGUUUAUUUGGGUAUAUACAAUGAGUCACGGAUUAAAAUUGCUUUCAGCGGAUAGAUACCUAGGUGUUCCACAGCAUUACUGAACAAGCUGUCGUCAUUUCCCCAUUACCUCAGAAGACCUCCUUAACUACUUACUUACAUUAACUGUAGAACGUAUUUAUACAUACCAGGCUCUACCUCUGGGCUUUCUAUUCUGUUCCAGAGACCCAGUACCAGAAUAUUUAAAUCACUGUGGCGUUAAAUACGUUUUAAUAUCUGAUAGGGCCAGUUUCUGCGCAUUGCACAUUUUUUUUUCCCCUUUCAGGAACGUGUUCAGGCCCGCGGCAGGGGGCGGGAUCGCGCCUCCUCCUCGGCUCUGGUUCCAGCCGAGCCUCUCGGACGCAGAGAUGGAAAUCCCAAAGCUGCUCCCGGCUCGCGGGACACUACAGGGCGGCGGCGGCGGCGGUAUCCCCGCGGGUGGCGGCCGAGUCCACCGAGGCCCUGACCCGCCAGCUGGUCAGGUCUCCACGCGCCGCCUCCUGCUGCUCCGGGGCCCCCAAGAUGGCGGGCCCGGGCGGCGGCGCGAGGAGGCUCGCACGGCAUCACGGGGCCCUGGCCCAAGCCUGUUGGCGCCGAGGCCCAAUCAACCUAGCGGCGGCGGCGGCGACGACUUCUUCCUGGUGCUGCUUGACCCGGUGGGUGGCGACGUGGAGACCGCGGGCUCCGGUCAGGCCGCAGGGCCUGUGUUGAGGGAGGAGGCCGAGGAGGGCCCGGGGCUCCAGGGAGGCGAGAGCGGCGCGAAUCCCGCGGGGCCCACUGCGCAGGGCCCCCGCUGCCUGUCCGCGGUUCCCACUCCGGCUCCGAUUUCCGCCCCCGGCCCCGCCGCGGCCUUCGCGGGCACAGUCACUAUCCACAACCAGGACCUGCUGUUGCGCUUUGAGAACGGCGUCCUCACCCUGGCCACGCCCCCACCACACGCCUGGGAGCCAGGGGCCGCUGCUGCCCAGCAGCCCGGGUGUCUGAUCGCCCCGCAAGCUGGGUUCCCGCAUGCCGCGCAGCCAGGUGACUGCCCAGAGCUGCCGCCAGACCUCCUGCUAGCUGAGCCGGCCGAACCCGCGCCAGCUCCGGCGCCCGAGGAGGAGGCGGAGGGCCCGGCCGCCGCCCUGGGCCCCCGCGGACCGCUGGGCUCUGGCCCAGGCGUGGUGCUGUACCUGUGUCCCGAGGCGCAGUGCGGGCAAACCUUCGCCAAGAAGCACCAGCUGAAGGUGCACCUGCUGACGCACAGCAGCAGCCAGGGCCAGAGGCCCUUCAAAUGCCCCCUGGGUGGCUGCGGCUGGACCUUCACCACCUCUUACAAGCUCAAGAGGCACCUGCAGUCGCACGACAAACUGCGGCCCUUUGGCUGCCCUGCGGAGGGCUGUGGCAAGAGCUUCACCACCGUGUACAACCUCAAGGCGCACAUGAAGGGCCAUGAGCAGGAGAACUCCUUCAAAUGUGAGGUGUGCGAGGAGAGCUUCCCCACGCAGGCCAAACUCAGCGCCCACCAGCGCAGCCACUUCGAACCCGAGAGGCCUUACCAGUGCGCGUUUUCUGGCUGCAAGAAGACAUUUAUCACAGUGAGUGCUCUGUUUUCCCAUAACCGCGCCCAUUUCAGGGAACAGGAACUGUUCUCCUGCUCUUUUCCUGGCUGCAGUAAACAGUAUGACAAGGCUUGUAGGCUGAAAAUUCACCUGCGGAGUCACACCGGUGAGAGACCUUUCCUUUGUGACUUUGAUGGCUGUGGUUGGAACUUCACUAGCAUGUCCAAACUCUUAAGGCACAAAAGAAAGCACGAUGAUGACCGGAGGUUCAUGUGCCCUGUGGAAGGCUGUGGGAAAUCUUUCACGAGGGCCGAACAUCUGAAAGGCCACAGCAUAACCCACCUGGGCACAAAGCCUUUUGUGUGUCCUGUUGAAGGCUGCUGUGCCAGGUUCUCUGCUCGCAGUAGCCUCUACAUUCACUCCAAGAAACACCUGCAGGAUGUGGACACUUGGAAAAGCCGUUGCCCGAUCUCCACUUGUAAUAAACUCUUCACAUCCAAGCACAGCAUGAAGACUCACAUGGUUAAAAGGCAUAAGGUGGGCCAGGAUCUCUUAGCUCAGCUAGAAGCAGCAAAUUCUCUUACACCCAGCAGUGAACUUACCAGCCAGAGACAGAAUGAUCUCAGUGAUGCAGAGAUAGUGUCUCUCUUCUCUGAUGUACCUGACAGUACUUCUGCUGCAUUGCUGGACACAGCAUUGGUGAACUCUGGAAUCUUGACUAUUGAUGUGGCUUCCGUGAGCUCGACUCUGGCAGGGCACCUCCCUGCUAAUAAUAAUUCUGUAGGGCAGGCUGUGGACCCUCCAGCCUUGAUGGCCAUCAGCGACCCUCCUCAAAGUCUGGAUACCUCUCUCUUUUUCGGAACGGCAGCCACUGGUUUUCAGCAGAGCUCCUUAAAUAUGGAUGAGGUCUCAAGUGUAAGUGUGGGGCCAUUGGGAUCUCUGGGCUCUUUGGCCAUGAAAAACUCCAGUCCAGAGCCUCAGGCUUUGACACCCAGCAGUAAGCUGACAGUGGACACAGAUGCUCUUACUCCUUCAAGCACCCUUUGUGAAAACAGUGUCUCAGAACUACUGACACCAAGCAAAGCGGAGUGGAACGUACAUCCUGACUCUGACUUCUUUGGACAGGAGGGAGAAACUCAGUUUGGAUUCCCCAAUGCAGCAGGAAACCAUGGCUCUCAGAAAGAAACAGAUCUUAUCACUGUGACUGGCAGCUCUUUUUUGGUAUGAACCAACUCUAUUCAUUCCUCAUCAUGUGGCUUACUUUUAUUACAGUCAAUUUUGAGGAUAUUCUGGACUAAAUAUUUAAGUGCAGUCAUUUCUUUUUGGUUUGCAAAAAGAGCACAGCCCUGGACUACAAGUUUGGAGAUUUAAAUUCUGAUCUUGAGUUUGGAACUGACAAGUUGUGUGACCCUGAGCAAGUCAGUUAACCUGAGCCUUAAUUUCCUUAUUUAUAAAGUGAGGUGGUUUGAAUAGAUUGCUUUUAAGGUCUUUCUGCUCUGUGAUUCCUUGAUAUACAUUUCUUUCCUUGAAAAAUAUGAGGACGUUCUUCAGUGAUGUGGCAUGUGUUUUUUUUUUUUUAACUGCCCUCCCACCCCGACAUGUUCUUUUUUUGGCAAACAUACAUAACGUUACAUCGUAUUAUGAUGAAUAUCCAUGUACUUUUCACUCAACUUCAGCAAUUAUGAAUCCAUGAACAAUCUUUUUUAACUUAACCUCACUCACUCCCCAUGUUCUAGUAUUAUUUUGUAACAAAUAGCAGACAUCUGAUCAUUUUAUCCAUAAAUAUUCUUUAUAUAUCUCUGAAAGCUAUGGGCUGAUAUGGAAAAAAAUGAUAAUUCCAUUAUCACAAGUGAUAUUUACAGUAAUUCUUUAAUAUCAGUAAAUAUCCAGUGAGGGUUCAAACUUCCAAUUGCCUCAUAAAUGCUACUUGUUUUAUUAUUUUUAAUUAGUAGAAUCCCGUAAAUCUCCUAAGUGUCUUCUUAAUCCGUAUGUUUCCCCUUCAUCUUUCUUUUUUUCCUUGCGAUUUUGUUUAUGAAAUGAGGUUGUUUCACAUGUAGCAUUUGCCACAAUUUAAGUUUUGCUAAUUACAUCCCUAUGGUAAUGUUUGCUUUCCUCUAUCCUGUUUCUUUAAUUUGCUAGUUAUGUCUAGAGACUUGAUGAGAUUGAAACAAGGCUUUUGGCAUGAAUGUUUCAUAGGUUAUGUUGUGUUCAUUUAGUAGGUGGCGCAUAAUCUGUGGUUUUCUCUCUUUUUGUGGUAUUAGCAGCUGCUGCAGAUAAAUGCAUUAAUUCAUGAUGCUUCUGAUACGAUGAGUCAUCUUUGUAGAGUUACUAAUCAUUAGCAAAGGAGGAAAUGCUGUGUAAUAGAAAUAUUAUUCAAUGACAAAAUAUUUUCUUAAAUAGUCAUAGAACUAACAAGAAAAAAUAGAUAGCAAAAAAAUGUGUUGGCUGUUCUCACUGUUUAUCUUCCUAACUUCUUUUGGUGAUGGAAGGCAGUUUUGUGGAAAUUGCCAGCCAGGACUUUGACAUGAAACAGACCCAGGGCUAAAUUUUGGCUCUGUGGUGUUGGAUAAGUGGCCUUGAAUAAACUAGUUAUUAAGCUUCAGUUUUCUAGCUUUUAACUGAUUAUAGCAAUGCACACACAUACCUGACACACUUAAAUUUUCUUCUCUUCCUGUUUCUUAUGUUAAGGAAAGAUACUGUGUGUUUUGGCAUAUUUUGGUGAAUUUGUACCAUUUUUAUCCUCUCAGUCCUUCCUUUUAUAAGACAAUAAUUGGAGUAUUUUAAUCUUAUUCAUGUGCAGAUAAAAGAGCUUUAUGAAGUUUAGGGUGAAGUAGGCAAGGGAAUCUGUUUAUUCCCUCUUCCCUCUACUGAAUAAUUUUCCCUCUAAGAAUUGCUGUGGGUAAUACCAGGAGUGGAGACAUUGCCCACAUGCAUAACAGCGUAUCUCUCCAUUCGAUCAAUUUGUCACCAUCUUUGCUCUGUUUUGAAAGUCAGGCUUCUCUGUGACUGUGAAGCCUGCUGUUCCCUGAAAAUCUGAUAAUGGAGCAGUGGAGGUUUCUUUCUUUCUGUGCUCUGUAGAUCUCAUUGUUUGCACUUGUAAUUUCCCAGAGUUGAAAGGAAAGAUUGAACUGGAAUAUUGUGUAAACUAUCUGUCUUACAUUAGUGUAGCAUUUUGCAAUUUGGGGAACAUCUUCACAACUUGUGUCUCGUUGUUCAGAACAACCCUGUGAGUAGUUUUGUCAAUGUCUGUGUUACAUUUCAUGUAAUUUAGCCAACUCCCAUUCCAACUAGGCUUUGGCUAAAUCCGACAAUUUUAUAUAUAGCUUAAAACAAAGAAUAUACAUUCUUUUCACCCCUCCCAGUCUACCUAUCCAGCCUUCAUGAUUCAUUCUUGUGUCAAGGUUAGUUGCUGUUUUCCAUUUGAAUUGGUUUCUUUUAUGGUCAGUUUACUUUCUUCCCUCUCCCCUCCUUUUCCUGCACAUUCCCGUCCUUGCCAUGUCCUCUUUUAUAAUGGAUAUAUCUUUUUCCUGCCAUUAUCCCUCAGACAUUCUCCUCAUGGCACAUUUUCUUCAAAUGCUAACAUUUACUGAGUGUACAUUGGAAUUCUGUGCAUACAGGAAGAAGUUAUUUUCUGAGCUUAGAUAAUACUAUGUGUAUAUGUGAUUAAAAUGAUGAAGAUUAUUUUCUAUACCCUUCAAAUUAGAAGUGGAUUUCUGUUUCAUUACUUCCAUUUUAAAAGUUUUUGCCAGAGAGUUUUGCUAAUACUCUCUUAUUUGCUCUAGUGUACUAGUCCAGUAGUGUUUGCAUGUGGAUGUCUGUGGAUGACAGUUAUUGUAGCACUUUGGCAGUGCACUAAAAUUUUGCCACUAUGAAAUGUUUCUGUAUUGUGUGUGUGUGUAUGUGUGUUCAAAUACGCACACAGCCACACCCACAUAUAUAUUAAAAGUGGUUGUAUUCAUUUAGUGAAAAACAAAAAGUAGAUGUACUUUUGUAAAUCAGAUAAAUGCUUGGAAUUUGAUUGUGUCUACCCAAUCAACAGUUUUCCCUCUUUGCUCUGGAAAUAUUUGUACUCAUAUAGCAUAUUUCAAAAAUGUUGUCAUUCAUUAAGACCUCUUAAAUAGACCACUAUUUUUUGUGUCUGGCAGAUGAGUAUGUCAAGGAUUGAGAUGAACACAUAAGUCUUGGAAAUUAAAUAAAUUUACAAACAUAAAUAGAAUGUAA